CAGAGAACUUCUAUCCAGUUGGUUUGACGGCAGGAGACACACAACUGUUUGUUUUCGCUGCUGAAAGCGUUGUUGAAGUUAGCCUGUCAGGCCAUUUCUGUAUUUUGGCCGCUCGUACAAUAUGAUAUAUGUGAACAAUAAUGGACUCCUUUCGUUCAGCCAACCCAUUGCAGAGAUGGAACCUUUGUCUUUUUCAUCUUACGGUGAAGAUUUAAUCGCUCCUCUCUGGACAGAUCUGGAUGAUUUUGGAUUUGGUAUAGUUUACUAUCAGGAGUACACAUCUGGAAAUGUGCUCACACGCGCCACUGAAGAUAUAAAAAGUUAUUAUCCUGGUUUGAGCUUCAACGCUAAUUGGGUCUUUGUGGCAACUUGGGACUUUGUUCAAAUUUGGGAUGAAAAUGGGUUUUACCAGCAUGCAGCCCCGAUAAUCUCGUUUCAAGUUGUUUUAAUCUCAGAUGGAAGUCAUUCUUUUAUCUUGAUGAACUAUGGUGACAUUUCUACGUUUGGUCGUGAAGCAGAGGCCGGUUAUGGCACAAUAGGCUCCACACAUUAUUUUGUCAUUCCUGGUUCAAACGAUUUGUACCACGUCUCAAACCUCAAGUACACAAGUAAUGUACACGUUCAAGGCCGUUGGGCUUUCUCUGCAAAUCAAGGCCUUGUACAAUUUGCAGAGACCUUCUAUCCAGUCGGUUUGGCAGCAGGAGACACACAAACUAUAAUUACAGAUGACAUAUAUCUUUCAGUUGCCCUGUCCAGGCCAUUUGUGUAUUUUGGGCGUACAUAUCACCUGAUAUAUGUGAACAAUAAUGGACUCCUGUCAUUCAGUCAACCCAUACCAGAGAUGGACCCAUCUUAUGGAGGAGAAGAUUUAAUCGCACCCCUCUGGUCUGAUCUGGAUGACUUUGGGCUCAUUGCAUUGAACUAUCAGGAGUACACAUCUGGAGAUGUGCUCACACGCGCCACUCAAGAUAUAAACCAGUAUUAUCCUGGUCUGAACUUUAAUGCCACUUGGGUCUUUGUGGCAACUUGGGACUUGGUUAACACUUGGGAUACAAAUGUGCUUUUACAUCAUUCUGCUCCGUCAGUCUCGGUUCAAGUGGUUUUAAUUUCGAAUGGAAGUCAUUCUUUUAUCCUGAUGAACUACGGUGACAUUGCUCCACAAUUUUAUUCAGUGAAGGCUGGUUAUGACACAGUAGGCUCCUUAAGAUAUUUUGUCAUUCCUGGUUCAAACGAUUGGAACCUCGCCCAAAACCUCAAGAACACAAGUAAUGUACACGUUCCGGGUCGCUGGGCCUUUAUGGCAUACACAGAAAAUGUAGUAGGUCUUCAAAUGACAGUCACCUCAUAUUUGGACCUAAUAGAUGCUGGAAACCUUGCGGUUGUUUUGGAGCAAAUAAAACAUGAGCUGGUUAUCCGCGGCCUGUCAAGUGACGUGCAGCUUUCCGCACGAAGAGUUAAGAAAAACCCAUGAAGGUUUAUCCAAACCAGUUUAAGUCUCUGAUGGUGGAGAAUCAUGCCAUUGUCAGAGGAAUGAAGCAAAAAUAGAAUGUUGCUCAACAGGAAUGUUUGUGUGCCUUUCAAUCUUCAACUCACUUUCUCUUUCUCAUAUACACAUCCACAAAUAAUGAAGAUAACUCAAUUAAGAAUAAUUCCUUUCUUGUGUUUUGAACAAAUAAAGAAAAGGUGACAUUG